AUGUUUCUGGCCUUGGUUUUGGUGCUGUUCCCAGCGAGCGUAUGCAAGAUUCUUCCUGCUCCUAAAUGUGCCACCAGUCAGCCUCUACCCAUUCUUCAUGAGUAUUACCAUGCAGGAGACCUGAUCAUUCCUGGAGUCCUUUCUCAGCUCGUCAUCGUUUAUGAAGCAAUAGAUUUCAGGAAAGUGCCUCAUCCACUGUCUGUUGAUUGCAUCUUGUAUUUUUAUCCAAGGUGGACCUAUCUAGCCACAAUGAAGCUUCUCUCAACAAGAGAGAGAUUUGUCCCUAACUACAAAUGUGAUGAGCAAAACAGUUUGCCUGUAGUCAUUGGGGGACCAAACUCUAACAUUUGCUUCCAUAUGGCAGACAUCUUGGGCAUCUACAAAAUUGCUCAGCUCACAUAUUCCUCUGCUCCAGAACAAAAUGACAAAAAUGGUGCUGCCUUCUUCCACUGGAUGUUCCCAAAUGGGAAUAAACAGUACUUGGGGCUUCUCCGGUUGUUGCUGCAUUUUAGCUGGACAUGGAUUGGGGUGAUCUAUGAAGAAGUUGAGAGUGUGUAUAUACGUGUGAUGAAGUCACUUGCAUUGUUUUCUCAGAAUGGUAUUUGCAUUGAGAACAUUGUGAAUUUACCAGUAAGAGCUGCCUUAUAUGGUAUCACUGAAAUAAUAACUGACUGGACGGCCACAUUUCAGCUUGUCUACAACAGCACAGCCAGUGUCAUGAUCUUUUAUGGUGAAGUUCAAAGCAUGGCCUAUUUGAGAAGUGUAGACCACUUUUUCAAAUUCGAAGGCAUACCAAUUCGAGACAAAGGGAAAAUUUGGAUUAUGACAGGGGAGAUAGAUUUCACAUCAUCUCUCUUUCAAAAGACCAUGGACAUACAGUUCCUCCAUGGUGCUCUAUCCUUGACUCUUCUUUCUAAGGAGGUGUUAGGAUUCAAACAGUUUCUGGAGACAAGAAACCAUACAUCAGAAAAAGGAGAUGGGUUUGUUAGUGCUUUCUGGCAAGAUGCAUUUAAUUGCUUAUUCCCUACCUCUGCCCUGGAUGAACGGGAUGAGAACAUUUGCACUGGAGAAGAGAAACUUAUGAGUCUUCCUAGCUCUGUUUUUGAAAUGAGCAUGACUGGCCACAGCUAUGCCAUUUAUAAUGCAGUCUAUGCCCUGACAUAUGCUUUCCAAGCCAUGCAUUCAUCUCCAUCAAAGAAGAGAACUGUGAUGACUAGAAGGAAAGGAAAUAUGUUAAACCAGCAGUCUUGGCAGAUCCCUCACUACCUGAGAAGUCUGUCAUUCAACAAUAGUGUUGGGGAGGUUUCCUUUGACCAAAAUGGAGAAGUCGUUGGUGGGUACGAUAUUGUCAACUGGGUCACAUUCCCAAAUAUGUCUUUCCUUCGUGUUAAAGUUGGGAGUGUAAUUUCACAGGCCUCCACAGACAUAUUGCUUACCAUUGAUGAAGAUGCCAUUGAAUGGCCCAGCAGGUUUAACCAGACACGUCCAUGCUCACUUUGUAAUGACCAUUGCUCUUCUGGAUAUAGAAAGGUAAAGAAGGAAGGGAGACCAUCAUGUUGCUUUGAUUGCCUUCGAUGUCCAGAAGGGGAGAUUUCCAACCAGACAGACACAAACAGAUGUUUUCCAUGUCAAGAGGGCUAUUAUCCAAACAAGAACCAUGACCUUUGCAUUCAAAAAGUUAUAACAUUCUUGUCUUAUGAGGAACCUUUGGGAAUGGGUUUGACAACUUCUGCUGUUGCCCUCUCUUUCAUUACCACUUUGGUGUUAUCAGUCUUUGUGAAGUACCACAACUCACCCAUUGUGAAAGUGAACAAUCGGAUGCUCUCCUACACCCUUCUCAUCUCCCUCCUGCUCUCCUUCCUCUGCACUUUGUUAUUCAUUGGCCGACCCCAGAAGAUGACCUGUCUCCUCCGACAAACAGCUUUUGGAAUUGUCUUCUCCGUGGUUAUUUCUUGCUUGUUGGCCAAAACCGCCACUGUUGUGAUAGCCUUCAUGGCCAAUAAGCCAGGAUCCAAAAUGAAUAAAUGGAUGGGAAAAAGGUUGGCCACAUCCAUUGUCCUUUCAAGCUCUCUUACUCAAGCCAUGAUCUGUACACUGUGGCUGGCAACCUCACCACCAUUUCCAGACUCUGACACAGAACCACAUACUCAGAAUAAUGUCUUGGAAUGCAAUGAAGGAUCUGGAAUGAUGCUUUGUUGUGUCCUGGGUUUUAUGGGCUUCCUGGCUAUUAUCAGCUUGACUGUGGCCUUCCUGGCAAGGAAGUUACCUAACAGAUUUAAUGAAGCCAAGUUUAUCACCUUCAGCAUGUUGCUGUUUUGCAGUGUCUGGCUAACCUUUGUUCCAACCUACCUUUCCACCAAAGGCAAAUACAUGGUGGCUGUGGAGAUCUUCUCCAUCUUGGCUUCCAGUGCUGGGUUACUAGGUUUUAUCUUUUUCCCCAAAUGCUAUAUUAUCCUCUUUAGGCCUGAGCAGAACAAAAGAGAGCAGCUAAUGAAAAGGAAUGGUUAG